AGUAUUGAAUGUCCUGAGGAAUUCAGCCGCCCCACCACCCCCACCCCCACCCCUCAUGUGAAAGUACAUAUUUGACAGGGCGCACAGAGAGAGCGCCUGCACUCCAGCUUAGCGUUCAGUUCGGCACAGACGCUCCGAGUUUAGGACCAGCACCGCCGUGUCUGUUGAGGAACGUUAAAAUUUCGUGCAGCCGAAUAAUACAAACACAAAUAAGCAGCCAUGGAUGCCAUUAAGAAGAAGAUGCAGAUGCUCAAGCUCGACAAGGAGAACGCCUUGGACAGAGCUGAGCAGGCUGAAUCCGAUAAGAAGGCAGCAGAGGACAGGAGCAAGCAGCUGGACGAUGAAUUAAGGGAAUUGGAAAAGAAAUUGCACAUAACCGAGGACGAGCGUGACAAAGUGUUAGAGGAGUUCCAAAGUGCCGAGGAAAAGCUGCUGACCGCCGAGGAGGUCGCCACAAAGCUCGAGGAUGAUUUGGUAGCUCUGCAGAAGAAACUCAAGGGCACUGAGGAUGAAUUGGACAAGUAUUCCGAGGCUCUUAAAGAUGCCCAGGAGAAACUGGAGAUGGCUGAGAAGAAGGCCGCAGAUGCUGAGGCUGAUGUAGCCUCUCUUAACAGGCGUAUCCAGCUGGUUGAGGAGGAGUUGGAUCGUGCUCAGGAGCGUCUUGCCACUGCCCUGCAAAAGCUGGAGGAGGCUGAGAAGGCUGCUGAUGAGAGUGAGAGAGGCAUGAAGGUUAUUGAGAACAGGGCCAUGAAGGAUGAGGAGAAGAUGGAAAUCCAAGAGAUCCAGCUUAAAGAGGCCAAGCACAUUGCUGAGGAAGCUGACCGCAAAUAUGAGGAGGUGGCCCGUAAACUGGUGAUUGUUGAGGGUGAGCUGGAGCGUACAGAGGAGCGUGCUGAGCUGUCUGAGGGCAAAUGUUCUGAGCUUGAGGAAGAGUUGAAAACUGUGACCAACACCCUGAAGUCUCUGGAGGCCCAGGCUGAGAAGUACUCACAGAAGGAAGACAAAUAUGAAGAGGAGAUCAAGGUCCUCACUGACAAGCUGAAGGAGGCUGAGACUCGUGCUGAGUUUGCUGAGAGAUCUGUAGCCAAGCUUGAGAAGACCAUUGAUGACCUGGAAGAGAAACUGUCACAUGCUAAAGAAGAGAACCUCGAUAUGAACCAGAUGUUGGAACAGACUCUUUUGGAGUUGAAUAAUAUGUGAAACACCUGUACACCUGACGAUGGCUGCAUUUUGUAACUUUUGAGUGGUUUCCUUUUUUUUGUUAUCAAAUUGCAAGACUCGGGCCAUAUGUCAUGACAUUUUGUUUUACACUAAUUGUUUUUAAAGUAACAUUCUGGUACGUGUUCAUUUUUACUCUGGUUAUGCACAUGCUUUGUCAUUUCCAUAAGAAAUAGCAAAGUUUGCCAAAAAUUGCACUUAAGCCUCAAUUUAUGCACGUUAUUCUGAAAGUGGACACGGUUGAGUCUUAAGCCAAGUAUAGAGGAAGUAGAUGUAUUUUAUUAAUCCAAAGAUUCCUUUAACGUGUACAUUUGGAUUAGGUUUCCAACAUGUACACUGGUGCUACUGUGAAGACAAAGGUCAAGCAGUUUGUAGCUUUUACAUGGGAAAUCAUAGACAAUAUACAUUAGCAGUUCGGUUUAGGGUUUUACUGGGUGCCAGUAGUAGCCCUAGCCAGAAUGGUCCCCAUCUACAGUGUCUGUUUAUUUUCAACUUUUACUCAGUGCAAAAUGCCAGACAGCAUUAUCUUUGCAAAUACUGUUUGUUUGGGGGGGGUGGUGGGGGUUGCCCGUAAUGAAACCAGUAUGGGUCAAAUGCCUGUGUUAUGAGUUGAAAGAUGAUUAAAUCAUAUUUGGUUGUGCCUCAUACAUUUCAAGAGUCAUUUUAAAUAUAGAUGUAUUAAAUGUGUGUCAUAUCUAAAAUGUACAAAGCUAAAUAUGAAUAAAACUACACAAUUUUAGAUUU